AAGAAGUGAUAAUACCGUGCAAUACAACAUAAGCUGCAUACAUGCAUAACAACGCCUCGUGUGGUCGACGGCUCGUCUCUUGUCACUAUUUGUCCUGGCCCUUUAAAUCUGAAGCUCAUUUAUGCGCUCGGGGGCGGAGUUUGUGUACGAGUGUCCAAUAAGAGAGCGGAAUGCUGAGGCUGGCGUGGAUGCUGGACGUGGGACGCUGAUGCUGAUGCUGGGGGACCCGCACAGUGAUGGAGCGGCGACGAAGCUGAAAAGGAUGCUGUAAACACCCUUGUCGAUCUGUGAAGGGGCUUUUCUUACAGACUCUCAGUGUUACAGAACCUCGGGAGAUGUAUGGCAGUGCACGUGCCGUCGGCCACAUCGAGGGCAGCCCUGCUCGCUCCCCACGGCUGCCCCGCUCUCCUCGGUUGGGCCACCGUCGAGCCAACAGUGGCAGUUCAGGCUGCAAGACCUUAUCCAUGGAGAACAUCCAGUCACUCAACGCUGCCUACGCAACAUCUGGCCCAAUGUACUUGAGCGACCAUGAAGGCGUCGGAUCCACGGCUACUUACCCUAAAGGCACCCUGACGCUCGGUCGGGCCACGAGUCGAGCGAUGUACGGCGGUCGGGUUACGGCCAUGGGCAGCACCCCUAAUAUUGCAAUGGCGGGACUCCCGCACGCCGAUCUGCUGUCUUAUGGAGAUCUGGGCUCUCUGUCUAUGCUCCACCACCAGGGGACGCCGUCGGCCCUGCUGCGACAGGCGGUUAGGGGCAGUGGAGGUGAACUUUUGGAGCUCCAAGCACAGCUGCGGGACAUGCAUAGGGAAAAUGAGCUACUACGGAGGGAGCUGGACCUGAAGGACAGCAAGCUGGGCUCUUCCACCAAUAGCAUCAAGAGCUUCUGGAGCCCUGAGCUGAAGAAAGAACGCGUGAUGAGGAAAGAGGAGGCAGCUCGCACAUCAAUCCUUAAAGAACAGAUGCGAGUGACCCACGAGGAGAAUCAGCACCUGUUGGACGCCAGGAGAACAAAGCACCUCCAGUUGACCAUCCAGGCCCUGCAGGAUGAGUUGAGGACUCAACGUGAUCUCAACCAUCUUCUCCAGCAGGAGAGCGGGUCACGGGCCAGUGGUGGUGAGCACUUCACCACCAUCGAGCUAACCGAGGAGAACUUCCGUCGACUCCAAGCUGAACACGACCGUCAGGCCAAAGAGCUCUUUCUCUUGAGGAAGACACUGGAAGAGAUGGAGCUGAGGAUUGAGACGCAGAAACAGACGCUAGGAGCCAGAGACGAGUCCAUAAAAAAGCUGUUGGAGAUGCUGCAGAGUAAAGGACUUCCAUCAGCCUCAGGAAGAGCAUCAGAUGAAGAAGAGCAAGAGCGAGCCAGGCGUAUCGCAGAGGCUGAAGCACAGCUGGGACACCUUGAGGUGAUAUUAGACCAAAAGGAGAAGGAAAACAUCCAUCUGAGAGAGGAGCUUCAUCGGAGAAACCAGCUUCACCCAGACCCUGGAAAAACUAAAGCUCUUCAGACUAUUAUAGAGAUGAAGGACACCAAAAUCGCAUCCCUGGAACGCAACAUUCGAGACCUGGAGGAUGAGAUACAUAUGUUGAAGGCGAAUGGAUUGCUGAACACGGAGGAUCGAGAGGAGGAGAUCAAACAGAUGGAGGUCUACAAAAAUCACUCCAAGUUCAUGAAGACCAAGAUUGACCAGCUCAAGCAGGAGCUCUCAAAAAAAGAGUCUGAGCUUUUAGCUCUACAAACAAAACUGGAAACUCUGAAUAAUCAGAAUUCAGACUGCAAACAGCAUAUUGAAGUGCUCAAAGAGUCCCUCACUGCCAAAGAGCAACGCGCUGCCAUCCUACAAACAGAGGUGGACGCUCUUAGAUUGCGUCUGGAGGAGAAGGAAUCUUUCCUUAAUAAGAAGACGAAGCAACUGCAAGACUUGACAGAGGAGAAGGGAACACUGGCCGGGGAGAUCAGAGACAUGAAAGACAUGCUGGAAGUCAAAGAACGCAAGAUAAACGUCCUGCAGAAGAAGAUUGAGAACCUUCAGGAGCAGCUGAGGGAUAAAGAUAAACAGCUCGGGAAUCUAAAGGACAGAGUGAAGUCUCUCCAGACGGACUCUAGCAACACUGAUACUGCCCUCGCCACGCUAGAGGAAGCUCUGUCUGAGAAGGAGCGAAUUAUCGAGCGCCUGAAAGAGCAAAGGGAGAGGGAAGACCGCGAGAGACUGGAGGAGGUGGACUCUUAUAAAAAAGAGAAUAAAGACCUAAAAGAGAAGGUGAACUCUUUACACGUGGAGCUAACAGAGAAAGAGUCGAGUCUCAUAGAUUUAAAAGAGCACGCCUCCUCACUGGCCUCGUCAGGUCUCAAGAAAGACUCCAAGCUCAAGUCCCUUGAGAUCGCAAUCGAGCAAAAGAAAGAGGAAUGCAGUAAACUGGAGACACAGCUGCAGAAGCAAGCAGAGCAGCUGUUCAGUCAAAUGAACAAUCCCAAGGCUCAUGAUAUGGAGGUGCAGCAAAGCUCACGUGGGAACCCUGAGUAUGUGGACCGGGUCAAACUUCUAGAAAAGGAGGUGUCCUUCUACAAAGACGAGUCCAGCAAAUCCCAGGCCGAGGUCGAGAGGUUACUGGAGAUUCUGAGAGAGGUGGAGACAGAGAAAAAUGACAAGGAUAAGAAGAUCGCAGAACUGGAAAGUCUUGCUCCUAGGCAAACCAAGGAUCAAAAUAAAAAGGGCCCAGGCAUCAAGCUUGGUCCUCAGAUGGACAAGAAAGGCCCUGGGAAUAUCUUGCAAGACCAACGGAAGGAUAAUCCAAUGGACAACCCAAAGAUGGAGGAGUUGAUGAAUGUUUUGGAGAAGACGAGGCAGGAGCUGGAAGCCACUAAGCAGCGUCUGUCCUCCACCCAACAGUCUCUGUCUGAGAGAGACGGCCAUCUGACCAACCUCCGACAGGAGCGCAGAAAACAGCUCGAGGAGAUCUUGGAGAUGAAACAACAGGCUCUGCUCGCUGCUAUCAGUGAGAAGGAUGCUAACAUCGCUUUGCUGGAACUGUCCUCCUCCAAUAAGAAGAAGACACAAGAGGAAGUGUUGGCCCUGAAAAGAGAGAAGGACAGACUAAUGCAUCAACUCAAACAACAGACACAGAGCAGGAUGAAACUUAUCACUGACAACUACGAGGAUGACCAUUACCACCCUCACGCUCCACCUCCCCACAUGCAACCUCAACCAAUUCAUCCUCAACCCCAACCCCAACCCCAACCGCCGUACCCUCAUCCCCAACACCCCCACCAGCCUCCUUACCCACACGCGCCCUAUCCCCAACACCCACAGCCUCCUCCCCACCACCCUCAACACCCGCAGCAGCUGCCCCAGCCUCAAUAUCCCCACCCACAACACCCUCAACACCCUCAACAACCCCAACACCCGCAACCACCUGGCCCACACCAGCACCCACCUAGACCCCAGCCACCCCAUUCUCAACACCCUCAUCCUGGGGUCCCUCCGCAGCAGCAUCCCCACGGCCCUCCGCCUCAGCAGGGCCCCCACCCUCAGCCCAUGCCACACCCACAGCAGCACCCCCAUCACCCCCCGCACCCCGGCCCACAGGGCCCACACCCUCGACACCCUCCACCACACCAUCGGAGUUCAGGCCGUGGACCCCCGCAUCCCGGACACCGACCCGCUCCAGACCAGACAAUUCAGUCACUAAAGGAGGAGCACAGCCAUGCCAUACAGAUGAAAUUCUACAUUGUUCACUUGGCCAGUCUUUACCUGCAAUCAGAUUCAUUAUUUUGGAUGGGGCCCCAUUUUUUUCCAUGCAUUAAGGAAAGAGGCAGAGCAUUAGUUUGAGUGGGAGGGUCAAAGCUGGAGAUGGCCACCUGAGCAGAUGAGUAAAAAUAAAUAAAUGGAGAGGAAGUCUUGACUGAACAGAAACAUAGUUGCUUCCUGGUGCAGUCCUUGCAGUCCAAGACAUUGCCUUGAAGACUCUCCAUGCUCAGUCAACACUAGAUGAGAUACUGCAGCUGCUCCUAGUUGCCUGGUUUCCAUUUGUGACCAGUGCAUGCAUCCAGCUGGCCCUGCCCCUUCUCAUGACUGCCCCGCCCACUCUCAUAUAGCUCCACCUCUUCAAUGAAGCAACAAGUCAGCCUGCACCCAUUCAAGCCUUGAUUCUGUUAAUUUAUCUGCUUUUUAUAUGUAAUACAAUGUAAUAUAAUACCAUGAUAAUAAUUUCAUUUUGAUCCUUUUUUUACGAUCACGUCUGCAUUAGCAAUUUUAAUCUUAAAGGCCAACUGUUGCCUGCCUUAAAUUCUUUAGGUUUUAUUAUAUGUGCUACUCUAUACAUUCAUGUACUUAGGUUUGAGUAUGCACUAUGAUAUUCAUGGGACACAUUUAAGUCUCCAUUUUUGGUUUUUAGUGUAUAUUGGACCUUAGAGAGUUAGUAUACCUCAGAGGUAGUCUACUCUAUUCAGAGUUCAUUUCGUCUCACCGAUUAUAACGCACAUAACAUAUAUCAUGCUAACC